UAAUAAAUGAAGCUUGAAGGCAAAGUAGCAAUUGUAACAGGCGGCGCCAGCGGCAUAGGCGAGACCACCGCCCACCUUUUCGCCCAGUACGGCGCCCGCGCGGUGGUGAUCGCCGACAUCGAAGCCGAGAAGGGCCGCGCCGUGGCCGAAUCCAUCGGCCUGCAGCGCUGCAGCUACGUCCACUGCGACGUCGCUGACGAGGAACAGGUUAAGUCCAUGGUAGAUUGGACCGCCACAACGUACGGCGGCCUCGACAUAAUGUUCAGCAACGCCGGCACCGGUAGCAGCUCCGCUCAAGCUAUCUUGGAGAUGGACCUGUCGGAAUACGAUCGCGUCAUGCGUGUGAACGCGCGCAGCAUGGCCGUGUGCGUGAAGCAGGCGGCGCGCAAGAUGGUGGAGCUAGGCACUAGGGGCGCUAUUAUCUGCACCAGCAGUGCGGCGGCGGAGAGAGGCGCAGUCAACGUCACGGACUACGUGAUGUCGAAGCGCGCGGUGUUGGGGCUGGUGCGGUCGGCGAGCAUGCAGCUGGGGGCGCACGGGAUUAGGGUUAACAGCGUAUCGCCUGGGGCGGUGCUGACGCCGCUUGCCGCAAAGGCGGGGCUUGUGACGGCCGUUGAUGUGGAGAAUUAUGUCGGGAGGUUCACCAGCUUGAAAGGAGUGGCGCUCAAGGCAGAGAAUGUGGCGGAAGCGGUGGCGUUUCUGGCUUCAGAUGAGGCGGCGUUUGUGACGGGGGUUGAUUUGGGGGUGGAUGGUGGAAUGAUUUGCAUGCCAUUCGACCUCAUCAAAUCAAACUAA